AUGACCUCGACUGCAAGCCAACUGGAACGAAGUUUAAGAAGACUUCGGGCCUCAGAGUCUGACUCCCAAGAAGCAUCUACCGCGGUGGAAUGGGUGCCCUCUAAAUACACUCCAGAUGUAACUCAGUACGUUCUCGUAAGACCUCCCCGGGCUCCAUGCGGCAAUCGUUGGCUGUUUGGGUUUCCUCUUGUCAAGAAGGAACUUUGGGACAUGGGGACCAUUGCUUUCAAACAAAUUCAGCCAGAAGAAACUUUACCAGACAACAAUGCCUUCAUCGCCAUGAAUUCCCUUACAUUUGUCAAGGUGGUUGGAAACUUGAAGAAUAUCCCAGCGGAGUGUAUGUCGUCGCCGGGAAAGGUGCUGUUGUUAGUAUUAUGGAGGGAUACAGAACCGGAGGCGACCUGUCCAACACCAAGUCAAGUGCAGUUUCUGGAGGUGAAGCUUAAGCGAUCACCGGGAUGGUGGGUAGAAGUCCCAACAAACAUGGAGGGACUGUGA